GAAGAAGGGCAGAGUUAACAUUCAUUUUCCGCCCACGAUGCUGUCCAGAAAGUGUCGUGCCACAUUGUCUCGUGAAUACAGAUCACAUGGCCUGCGCAAUCAAUAUAAAUAUAUACAUAUUAUAUAGAUACAGAUAAUUUGUAUAGUAUAGAAUUUGUUUAUACAUACACAUUGACAUACAUAUGCAUAUCACGUGGUGGGUCCUGUGGCUCAAGUGCUUGUUUGUUCGGGCAAGCAGAGAGAUGGGAGCUCCUUGUGUGAUAAUCGGUAGUGUACUCUAGGUUCCCAUGGCGAAGCCCACCGACGUGGUGUUCGUGGCUGGUGCGAUCGCCACAUGUGUCGCGGUGACCGUAGGAAUGGUAGGCCCUGUGACGGGUGGUGGAAAGAGUUUGAGCUCUGCUUUCACAUGGCAUCCAAUUCUGAUGAGUGUUGCCUUUCCAUGUUUAAUGAUGCUUGGGCGCUGGGCCUAUGUCAGUGAUGAGAUAGGCGACAAGGAGCAGCAAAGAAGCCUUCAUCGAAUUUUCAUGAUGCUUGCAAGCUUAAUUGCAGUUGGUGGCUACGUAGCAAUCUUUAUGGCGCAUUUGCCUUUGCACACCUUUUUUUGGCUACAACUUCUCAACCCACAAGUGGGCCGUUCCAACUCGUGUUGCGCAUGAUAUUCUGGGCUAUGGUAUUCUGAUCUUGACAUUGGCUCAAAGUUCUAUGGGUCUUUGCAAGUUGGCCAGUCUCAGAGAAGGCAGAGGUAUCUUCAAAUUCCAUGGGACUCUGGGCAAGGCCAUUAUGGUCUUGUCUUCCGUGAACAUUGUCUUGGCCUGCGUCUUUUGGAGCUGGUCCACUGGAUACAAGAUCCUUGUGGCCCUCCUCACAGUGACCGUCUCAGGCUUUGCUGCCUUCAGCCCUCUUCGAAGAGCCGAGGAGAGUGAGCCAAUCGUGAAAUCCACCGAAAGGGCAUGAAAUCUGUUCGGCAGCGCAGCAUGCCGAUUCAAAAGGUUCGCCCUGUGGACCGCCCCAUGAUAGAUAUGUUCGCCCGAUGUGAAUAGAUGGAGUGCGACACUGCCCAGGUGCGAGGUCAGUUAGAAAAGAUCUGCUCGCACCCUGCCGCCUUCAGAGGGAUGCAUGUGCUAUGUGUUGAUUUUGGAAGCGUGUUAAUGUGGCUUGUCAGAGAGAGAGAGAGAGAUUGGCAUCAUAAUGAAAUUGAGGUGGUUGUUGAUAUCCGAUUCAUUCUUAAUCGCUAUUGCUAUCCACUCCGCUUAACAAAGCCCUUUUGUUGAUCACUACUAUAAUAUAUUAUAAUAUCAUAUCGUACAGUCCUUGAAAUGCUAUCAUGUAUUGGAACGCAG